AUGGCUCCAAAGAAGCAGGAGGCACCAAAGGAGCGGCCCCUCCUUGGCCGCUUCAAAUCCAAUUUGAAGAUGGGCAUUGUUGGAAUGCCUAACGUUGGCAAGUCUACCCUUUUCAACCUCCUGACGAAAGUUGGCGUGCCCGCCGAGAACUUCCCCUUCUGCACCAUCGACCCCAACGCGGCCCGCGUCAACGUCCCCGACGAGCGCUUCAACUGGCUCUGCUCCCUCUACAAGCCCAAGUCCGCCGUUUCCGCCUUUCUGGACGUGGUCGACAUCGCCGGACUGGUCCGCGGUGCCGCCCAGGGGGAGGGCCUCGGGAAUGCCUUCCUCUCCCACAUCGCCGCAGUGGACGGCAUCUACCACGUCUGCCGCGCGUUCGAGGAUGCAGAUGUGAUCCACGUCGAAGAUCGCGUGGAUCCAGUUGCGGAUCUGGAGAUCAUUCACAAGGAGCUCCGCGCCAAGGACCGCGCCAAGAUCGAGGGCGUCAUUGAGGGCAUCAACAAGCUGAAGAGCCGGGGGCUGAAGAAGGAGCAGCUGGAGGAGCUGGAGUGCGCCAACCGCAUCCUGGAGCACCUGAACAAGGAGGUGGAUGUGCGGUUCGGGGAGUGGGGCGCCAAGGACGUGGAGUGGCUGAACGAGUACCAGCUGCUGACCGCCAAGCCGGCAGUGUACCUGGUGAACAUGUCCGAGACGGACUUCGCUCGCAAGAAGAACAAGUUCCUGCCCAAGAUCCACGAGUGGGUUCAGGCGCACGGCGGGGAGCCCAUCAUCCCCUUCUCGGCGGCCUUCGAGAAUAAGAUCUUUGAAAUGCCGGACGACGAGAAGGACAAGUACUGCAAGGAGGCGGGAGUCAUCAGCAUGCUGCCCAAGAUUAUCACGACCGGCUUCAAGGCCAUCCACCUGAUUUACUUCUUCACUGCGGGCGAUGACGAGGUCAAGUGCUGGCAGAUCAGGCAGGGCACCAAGGCGCCGCAGGCGGCUGGGACCAUCCAUACGGACUUCGAGCGCGGCUUCAUUUGUGCCGAGGUGAUGAAGUACGACGAGUUGAAGGAGCUGGGCUCUGAGGGUGCAGUCAAGGCGGCUGGCAAGUACCGGCAACAAGGCAAGGAGUACGUGGUCACGGACGGCGACAUCAUCUACUUCAAGUUUAACGUCACUUCGAGCGCCAAGAAGUAAAGAAACGCGAGGACGGUGGCGCCAUGCUGCGAAUGCGAUGUGCGACAGAUGGCGGGGAGGUAGCUGCGGCGGAGGAAGUGCAGGGCCCCAUAUUGCAGCUUGACGCGCUGUCGCAGUGUCGCGGAGCCGUCUCUUUUUGAGAGUAAACUGAGAGAGAGUGGCGCUCUUUGCCUGAGUGGCUGUGUGUGUGGGGGGGGACCCCUCUGGGUUGUGCAUCACCAUCCUCGUCAUCAUGUUGUGUGCCGAAGUUAUCGUGCGCUGUGAUGGCUGACGGGGC